AUGUCUGAUCCAAAGAAUCCUAACAUUGACAAGAGAAGCACUCCUCAAUAUGCCUUGUACCAGAGGGAAAACUUUUGGAAGACUAAUACCGGGGAGGUGCCUCCGUUCAAUACUGAACCUGGCAAGCUAGAAGAACUGGCAAAAGCGAAGCUCACAGAAGGUGGAUGGUACUACGCUUCUUCAAAUGCCGGUCAAUCCUACACUCACCUUGCCAACCGCCAGGCUUUCUUCCGUCACCGAAUCAUUCCCAGGCAAUUGGUUGACACGAACCUACGGGACACCACCACUACCAUCUUUGGCCAUAAAGUGAGCGCCCCCAUCGGCUUCGCUCCUAUCGGCAUCAACGUCAUCUACAAUCCGCUCGGCGAGCUUCCAGUAGCCAAAGUGGCCAAAGAGCUUAACCUCCCAUACGCACUCAGCACAGCCGGCAGCAACCCCAUUGAAAAAGUGGCCGAAGCAAAUGGCCAAGGUCCUCGUUUUUUUCAGCUAUACAUGCCACACGAUGACGAGUUGACCGUUUCCCUCCUUACGCGAGCCUUCAAUUCUGGCUUCGAUGUCUGCAUACUUACUACAGAUACAUGGCAGCUGGGUUGGCGACACGACGACGUCGCUACGGGCAACUAUGCUUUCUAUCAUGGUAUAGGUGCGGACCUUGGACUCAGCGAUCCGGUCUUCCAGAAGCGACUCAAGGAGGCAGGCAUUGACCCUGUGAAGCAGCCGAACGAAGCCGGCGCUAUGUGGAUCGACAAUGUCUGGCAUGGACGCGCAUGGAGCUGGGAGAAGAUCCCAUGGUUGAUCGAAACAUGGAAAAAGAUUAGCGGUGGUCGACCGUUUUGUUUGAAGGGUAUCCAGAGCGUCGAAGAUGCGAAGAAAGCUGUGGAGGUGGGCUGUGAUGGGAUUGUUGUGAGCAAUCAUGCUGGAAGGCAGGUCGAUGGCGCAAUCGCCAGUCUGGACGCGCUUGAGAACAUAGUUGCCGCGGUCGGGGACAAGACAUAUAUCAUGUACGACAGCGGUAUCAGAGGUGGAUCUGACGUGCUCAAGGCUCUUGCUCUGGGAGCAAAGUUCGUAUGGGUGGGAAGACUUUGGGUUUGGGGAUUGAGUAUCAUGGGGGAGGCGGGCGUGAGACAUGUUAUGAAGAGUUUGCUGGCCGACUUUGACAUUCUGAUGAACGUGGGUGGAUUUCAGAACAUUGAGCAGAUUGAUCGGACUGCGUUGGAAUCUUAUCCCAAGGCUUAUGCGAUGAUCGCGGAGAGGUCAAAGCUAUAA